AUGGCGAAGGGCGGGAAGCAGCGCCAGGCCGCCAAGGCCGCGUCGCAAGAGCGAAAGAAACCGACUUCCAGUGAACCCGCGCAGGAGCCACAGACGGCACUCCCUGCCGACGAAAAGACGGGUGAGGCAGCGCCGGCGUCUACGACAGGGGCACCCUCUCCCGAGGCGUCCGAGGCGGUGGACGCGCCUCGGGAGAUCCGCGAGAAUAGCGCGGAGAGAGAGGCCGAGGCGGAGGGUGUGUCGGUGCCCGAAGAGACGGGCGCUCCGCCAGCCCCGCCGGCGGACGACCACGGGGCGGUGCCGCCUCCCGCUGGGGAGGCGCCCCAGCCCGAGCCUCGGCCCGACCUGCUGGAGCGCAUGUCUGCCGAGGAGCGCGAGGCGGAGCUGCGCAGCCAGGUCACCGGUCUGAAUGCCAAGCUGGUCGACUCGAUCAACCGCAUGUCGGACUUGGAGGACGAGCUGAGUAUGGCACACAACCGCAUUCUUGUCCACACGACCCGCCUUGCGGAGCUCAGCAAGGAGCGUGACCAGUACGUUUCGGCGAUGAACACGGGCCUGCUUGUUGAGAAGGCGCAUGUCACGUCUGAGAUGCAGCGCAUGAUGGAGCGCGUUGUCGAGGAGACGGCGCAGCGCGGCAAGGCUGAAAGUGACAAGACGCGCAUCGAAGCGGAGCUGGAGGAGCUCAGCGCUGCGCUGUUCAACGAGGCGAACUCCAUGGUGGCCGUGGAGCGACUUGCGCGCGCUAAGGCCGAGGAAAAGAGCCAGCAGCUGGAGGUCAGUCUGCGGGACACGGAGCGGAUCAUGCAGGACCAGCAAGAGGUGCUCAAGAAUCUGCAGGCCGAGGUCGAUGCUAUGCGGGCCCGUGCCCCCGACGCGUCGCCGUCAGUGGCCGCCGUGGCAGCGCCCCCACCACCUGUGGCGCCUCCCACGAUCACGGUCAAUAUCCCGGCCUAUGUGGAAUUCCUGCAGUUCCUCAGCCAUCUGCGCGGCCUGCACGACCAGCUCGCACCCUACUUUGACAUGCACCGCCGCGGCGUCGACUGGACGACGCUGGCGCCCCUUUCAGCGUCGCUCACGACGGGCGGCGUGGUCUCGCCAUCGGUCCACCAGUCGGGCUCGGUGCUGCGGCACCGCGACUACCCCCACCUGCCGCUGGCGGCCGAACACCUGGUGCAGCUCUCGUCCCAGACGACGCUGCCGUUUCUUCGGCGCGUACAAGAUGAGGAUGCGGAUCCGUGCCUGCGCCUGAGCCAUGCACCGGGGCUCAACUGGCUGACUCGCCGCCAGGCGACGAGCGCCAUUAUGGAUGGCGAUGUGGUCAUCGAGCCGCUGUUCCCAGGCGGGCAGAUCCCCGAUGAGGCGGCGCUGCGCGCCGAGUAUGGCGCGCUGCCUCCCGCGUCGUGCUCGCUGUGCAGCGCGCCUCUGUUGAAUGUGACGGCGCUGCUGCCCGGGGCUUCGGCGCCGUCCAGCUCAUGGCCGAAUCCGCUCAAGGACGGGCAGGGCCGGCGCAGCCUCCCGUCGAUCUUCCAGUCGCUGCGCCGCGGACUGGACCGGGGCCAGUCAGGCGCGCCGUCUGACCGGUCACAGGAGGUCAGGGAAGGCGACGAGAUCUUUUCGCAAGACCCUGAGCCACUCAUGCGCACCGAGCCGCUGCCCAUCCCCACACACUACUUCCGCCUUUCGGACCACGCGACAAGCCGGCACCUGAUGUGCUCGCACCACUGCUUACAGCGUCUACGCGUGGUGUGCGCUUUUUGGACAUUUGUGCGCACGCUCGAGCGCGCCAUUGUCUUGGAGGGCAAGGUAGAGCCGGAGUUUGUGGGGCAGACGCGCAUUCUGCCCCCGUCCGCGCCUCGGCCGUCUGUGCAAGCGGCGCAUCUCGAGACGGCAGCACACGCGCCGGCGCCGUUGGAGCACGCGAAGGCGGCGCCUAGCGAGGCCACCGAGGAGCAUGCUGAGACAGAGGCGGCUGAGACGGCGAAGGAAAGUGAGACACAGGACACCCAGGAGACGCCAGCCGAGGAAGCCGCGCGCGGGGAGCCGGAGCAUGCCGAGGCCGCGGAGGGCCCGGCGACCGAGGCGGAGGGGCCCGCUGGUACGGAGGAGGAGCGCGACGAUCUCGAGGUCUUCAACGAGGCGCUGGAGGAUCACGCCGACGCCGAUGCGCUCGAAGGCGCGCCGCAGCCACCCGUGCUCCCUGCGCGGCCUGGCGCCGCCGUACCGAGCCGAGACACCUUUACCGCCCCGUCCGACCGCGCCCACCUGUCCUGGGAAGAGAGUCUGUGGGCCGAGGUCAUCCGGUACAAGGAGCUCAUGUGGAAGGCGCGUGUCGGUGUCGACCUGGCGUGCCUGGACAUUGUAUAG